GGAUUAUGGGACUUCAAAGCAUUUCAAAGCAGAAGAUCGCAUGUAUCUGAGGAGCGGCCUUGGUGCUCUUAGCACGGAGUUAGUGUCAAAGAACAGGACAAGAAGAUAUAUCCCUUCCUCUGGUUGUCGCAGACCCUGCAAAAAUAUAUAUAUAUCUCUCAGAGCUAUUUUCCAGCAUAAUUUGCCAAAGUCUUGGCGAGACGGUGCAGAAAUAAAAGAAAUCUGCCCACGCCGUCGCUUCUACAUCGACGUUGAAGAUGACGGGCAGCUUUUCUGCCGUUGAAGAUGACUCAUCGCAGUCGAAGCUCGUCGCUGACCGUUAUCUCAAGCGGGAGCUACUCGGCGAAGGCACGUAUGGUGUCGUCUUCAAGGCCAUCGACACUAAGUCUGGAAAAACAGUGGCAAUCAAGAGGAUUCGGUUAGGAAAACACAAGGAAGGUGUAAAUUUUACUGCUCUUAGGGAGAUCAAACUUCUUAAAGAACUUAAAGAUCCAAAUAUAAUUGAGUUAAUUGAUGCUUUUCCUUACAAGGGUAACUUGCAUCUUGUAUUUGAGUUUAUGGAGAGUGACUUGGAAGCUGUUAUUCGUGAUAGAAAUAUUGUUCUGUCUCCUGGUGACAUAAAGUCAUAUCUUCAAAUGACACUGAAAGGGCUAGCACACUGCCAUAAAAAGUGGGUCCUACACAGAGAUAUGAAGCCAAAUAAUUUAUUAAUUGCUGCGGAUGGACAGCUCAAGCUUGCUGACUUUGGCUUGGCUCGUAUAUUUGGUAGUCCAGAUCGCAGGUUCACUCAUCAGGUUUUUGCUCGUUGGUAUAGAGCUCCUGAAUUAUUGUUUGGCACCAAGCAAUAUGGCCCUGGAGUGGACGUGUGGGCUGCGGGUUGUAUAUUUGCCGAGCUUCUCUUGAGGAGGCCAUUUUUGCAGGGUUCAAGUGAUAUUGACCAGCUAGGUAAAAUAUUUGCAGCUUUUGGAACUCCGAAGCCAUUCCAGUGGCCUGAAAUGGUUUACCUUCCAGAUUAUGUUGAAUACCAAUAUGUUUCCCCACCUUCACUACGGUCACUGUUUCCCAUGGCUAGCGAUGAUGCUUUAGAUCUAAUAUCAAAAAUGUUCACUUAUGAUCCGAAAGCAAGGAUAUCUACUCAGCAGGCGCUAGAACACAGAUACUUCACAUCUAUACCAGCACCAACUAAACCAGCUUUACUUCCAAGACCCCCUCCAAAAGGCGAAUCUCUGAAUGAAAAACCUCUGGACUUGAAUUUAGAAUGUGGUCCAGUUGUGCUUUCUCCUCCUAGAAAGCUGAGAAGGGUGACAGUUAACCAUGUUGGUUUCGAAGGGGAUACACAUAAUAACACUGUGAGAGGUGAUGUGAAUGACAAGGCACCAAGAGGAGUAGGCGAGUCUGGUCUGAGUGGACUUAUGCCAAUGUCAAUAGAUUUGGAAGCUGUGUUUGGUUAUACAUCAGCUCCAAGACCAAAACUCAACAGCGUUGAUAAGUCUCACUUAAAAAGAAAACUUGAUUUGGAACCUGAGUUUAAAUAAGCUCCCCUCCCUUACUGAUGGUCGAGUGUCAAUUUCUACAUAAUGCUCGGAAUUUCGAGGCAACGAUACCAUCCAAUUAGCCUUCUUUUAUUAUUUAUUAAUGACUGCAGCUGUUCCAACAGAUUCAACUUACAGGAAAUUCAAGCGCGACUUUAUCUAGAAAACCAGAGAUUGUAGGAUACCAUUUAAUAAAUUUCUCAUUCAAGUUCUUGAUUUAACAUGUAUUAAAGUUUGUAAUCUUUCCGUUACUUCAAUUUUGAUUUUAUGUUGCUGUGGAAAAGUUUUUUAGUAUUGUUAGAGAUUGUUGCAGGGAGAGGAAUUUACAAUGGCGGGCUAGGGUUUAUUGUGCAUGCUUCAGAAGUGUCUAUUGAUUUGUCUGUAUUCAAUUGUUUGUAUUCUAUUUUGCUAAUUUUUGGCCUUGAGCAUCGCUCA